AGAGUGGCCUAAACAUCAGAGGUUUGCAUUAGAUAGUUUGAUAUUAUUCAUCUUACAAAAUUAAAUGUGGCCUAAAUGUCCAGACUGUUAAUUGCUGUAUAAAGAGUAUGAUGGUGAGCGAGACAUCAUGAAUCAAUUUGUAAUUAUAUUAGCUUCCACAAGGUGGUAAUCCUGUGCUCAAACCUGCUUGUUAUCAGAGGAACAGAUGAAAGUUUAUCAAUUCAACAUCAGACAUCAAUUCAUUGUUCCUUCUCUAUCUUUAUCCUCUUUAUUUAGCUCCACUCUGGUUUAUGAGUCGAAACUGAUGCCAUUCAAAUCAAAAUCUAUAAAGCUUAAUCUUUUUCUGGGUCACCUGGUUCCUUAAACACUGAGAAACAAUUCAAUUCACUACAUUAGACAGAAUGAAAGCAUUGUAUUUUUAGAAAGAAAUACACUUGGUUGAGAUUUCAUAGAAAAAAAGUAGAAAUGAUGCCUUCUGACACAUCCAACACUCACAAUAGUUGGAUUUAAAGACUAAAAUACAAAGAUGUUUACAAAGAUGCAUAUUUCUGUUCAUUUCAUUUAUUUGGUAAGCAUAUGUUUCUUUUAAGUGAAGAACAUUGUGUUCACUAGUCUUGCAUUCAUGGGACGGCGUGUUAACAUCUGCCCCGAUGGACAAUCCACAGGCCUGUUUAUGUGCUCGUCCAAGUGUGCUUCCUGUCUGGCUCAGCAAACCAUCUGAAGAUUGGCUGUCUGUGCUAGUAAUUAUCUUGGCGUGCAUGUUGAAUUGUGGUUGGGGGCACUGUGUACAUAUCUGUGGCGUAUGGGAGGAAGUCUGAAAAUAGCUGUGACUUCCUGACUGAAGGUUUGCAACGAGGAAGAGUCUUACAGGGAGGGCCAGAGACUCCUUUAGCUUGUCAACGACACACUUUCAUCUGCGACACUGCUGUUUUUAUGCUGACCAGCUGACUUCCAAGACUUCCACGUUUGUUGACUGGUACAGUCACAUCAUCUGAUGUGUGUGGCAGAGUCUGAGUUGAUUUCACUGACUUUGCUGGAUUCCCCCACGUGCUGCUUGUACUGCCUUCCUAGUGUUUUCCUACUAACUCGACAUGGACAGUGAGGAUUCAGACAAGGUCCAGAUUGGCGAAAAUAAAUUUGUAAGCAAGAGCAUUCUCCUCUCACACCUUAACACAUACAACCUUUAUUACAAAGGAGGAGCCCUCCAGUUGAGACACAGAGAGGAGGAGGGAGAGAUGAUCAUAGAGGGUUUACUCAAUGUUUUUUGGGGCGUACGGCGGCCAAUCAGACUGCAGAUGGAGGACGAGAAGGAGGCAGGCAGGCCACGCCCCUCACUAACAUCUCUGAGUGCCGAAACGGACAUCAACACAUUCAAUGAGGUCACUACAGCAGACCAAUCAAAAGUCUUCAGCGAAGAGAAGGAAGAGGCAGCUCACCUGGCAGGUGAGGAGCAGCAGGAUUCGACACUCUCCGAUCGUAUCGCCAGGGCAAAGAGUGAUGUCGGGGGAAGGAGAAUUAGCGGACGACGACUCGGAAUCAGGAGAGUCAGGAGAAACCGAUGCUCCUUCAACGGCCACUUUUAUAACCACAAGACGGCAGUUUUUACCCCAGCGUUCGGCUCUGUGACAAAUGUCCGCGUCAACAGCUGUAUGACGACAGCACAGGUCAUGCGAGUGCUGCUGAACAAGUUCAAGAUUGAGAACAGUCCGGAUGAAUUCAGCCUCUAUAUCGUCCACACGAGUGGAGAGAGACAUCGGCUGAAGCCUAAAGACCAUCCUUUGGCGCUCAGAGUUUUGCGAGGCCCUUGUGAACAGGUCAGCAAAAUGUUCCUAAUGGAGACGGACCAGGUGGAAGAGGUCACCUAUGAUGUGGCACAAUACAUCAAGUUUGAGCUUCCUGUUUUACAAAGCUUCAUUGCUAAGCUGCAAGAGGAAGAAGAAAGAGAGAUGCAGAAACUGAAGAAGAGGUACGCUGAUAUGCAACGAAUCAUCAAGAAAUACAUGCGGUCUUUAGCUGAUUCAACUACGCGAUGAAGCUGUUCAGGCAUGUAUCAUGCAUCUGAACACCAUCUUUAAAGCACCAACAGCGACAAAAUGGUGCUGUCUCAGGAAAAGGAACAUAUUUUUAGCUAAAUUAUUACUUUUAUUUUCUUAACAUAUUAUAUAAUAUCAUAAUACAGCAAUAUCCAAAGGUACCAUGACUUUCUCUAAAUAAGCAUCAUUGGAUAAACAGCAGAGUGUUACUUAGCCUUCUUUUUCACAAAGGAAAGCAAAUGGGUAAAAAAAAAAAAAAUGUAACAUUGUUUGACUUUCACUCAUGCACAAUGACAGUAAUAAUAAUCCGUAAGAAUGUUAAUUCAAAAUUUGAUAUAAUGUUUAGCCCAUUUUCUGUGAAUAGACAAUGUGAAGAAAAAAUAUUUGAAAAUCUAAUGUAUUUGUCUUAUUAUAUUGCAGAAUAUUUGUAAUAAUGUUUAUUGGUAUUAAAAAGUAUUUAAUAUUUUUUGUUUGUAAUGUAUUUUACAGAGUAUGUAUGUGCACAUUUUUACCAUUGAUAAUAAAAAACAUUGAGACCA